UGGGCGCGCGGGGCGCAGGCCGCGGGGCCGGAGCCCGGGGGAGCGAGCGAGCGGGCGGAGGCGCAGAGGAUCCGGUUCACUGGCUGGGGAGACCUAUGGGCCGAAGCCGUGUAAAUGCGUUUUAAGGCGAGUGCAGGGGUUGGCUGGGGGGAGCCUCGGGGAGCGGGCGCCCUCGGCUUUGGGCGCUGACCCGCUCCCCGGGGGGCCCCCCUUGCCUCCUCUCAGCAGGGGCCUCGGCUCCGCAACUGCCACUCCUCCUCGGGGUGUUGCACAAGUUUCGAGGUCACCGGCGAGCCCCCCUAGCAGCGCGCCUGGCUCUGGCCCCCGCGAAGGAGGACGGGGCUUGUGUGUUGCAUACUUUCUAAGGCGGUGGCCAAGGCAGCCAGCGGUGCUCCAAGGCAGCAGUUCCAUCGAGCCCCUGGGCGCCUCCUGCUCAGCAUGGCUGGCUAUCUGAGUGAAUCGGACUUUGUGAUGGUGGAAGAGGGCUUCAGCACCCGGGAUCUGCUGGAGGAACUCACUCUGGGGGCCUCAGAGGCCACCACGGGCAAGGUGGCUGCCUUCUUCGUGGCUGACCUGGGUGCUGUGGUGAGGAAGCACUUCUGCUUUCUGAAGUACCUGCCUCGAGUCCGGCCAUUUUAUGCUGUCAGGUGCAACAGCAGCCUGGGUGUGCUGAAGGUCCUGGCUGAGCUGGGGCUGGGCUUCAGCUGUGCCAGCAAGGCAGAAAUGGAGUUGGUCCAGCAUAUUGGCGUCCCUGCCAGUAAGAUCAUAUGUGCCAACCCCUGUAAGCAAAUCGCACAGAUCAAGUAUGCUGCCAAGCAUGGGGUGAGCCUGCUGAGCUUCGACAACGAGGUGGAGCUGGCUAAGGUGGUCAAGAGCCAUCCCAGUGCCAAGAUGGUUCUAUGCAUCGCUACCCAGGACUCCCACUCUCUGAGUCACCUGAGCCUCAGGUUCGGGGCAUCGCUGAAAUCCUGCAGACAUCUGCUAGAAAACGCCAAGAAGAGCCACGUGGAGGUGGUGGGUGUGAGUUUUGACAUUGGCAGUGGCUGUCCUGACCCUCAGGCCUACGCCCAGUCCAUCGCAGAUGCCCGGCUUGUCUUUCAAAUGGGUGCCGAGCUGGGCCACACGAUGAACAUUCUGGACCUUGGUGGCGGCUUUCCUGGCUUAGAGGGAGCCAAAGUGAGAUUUGAAGAGAUUGCCUCUGUGAUCAACUCAGCCUUGGACCUGUACUUCCCUGAGGGCUGUGGUGUGGACAUCCUUGCUGAACUGGGGCGCUACUACGUGACUUCUGCCUUCACUGUGGCAGUCAGCAUUGCUGCCAAGAAGGAGGUUCUUCUGGACCAGCCCAGCAGGGAGGAGGAAACCAGUUCAGCUCCUAAGACCACCGUGUACCACCUUGAUGAGGGCGUUUAUGGGAUCUUCAACUCAGUGAUGUUUGACAAUGCCUGCCCCACCCCCACCCCGCAGAAGAAACCACCCGACGAUCAAGCGCUAUACAGCAGUAGCCUGUGGGGCCCAGCAGUUGAUGGCUCUGACUGUGUGGCUGAGGGCCUGUGGCUGCCGCAACUACACGUAGGGGAUUGGCUGGUCUUUGACAACAUGGGUGCCUACACCAUGGACAGAAAGUCCCUCCUCGGGGGGACCCAGGCCUACAGAAUCACUUAUGCCAUGUCCCGGCUAGCCUGGGAAGCGCUUCGAGGGCAGCUGCUGCCUGCGGAAGAGGACCGGGAUGCCGAGGACACGUGCAAACCCCUGUCCUGCGGCUGGGAGAUCACAGACACCUUGUGUUUGGGCCCUGUCUUCACCCCAGCAAGCAUCAUGUGAGCGGGCCUGGAUUCCCAGAGAAUCCCAGCGGGACCGAGGAGAUCCCUCGGGAGAGGUGGGCAAGGCGGCAAGCUGGU